GCAGCUGGGGGCCCUUCAGGGACGUGGCUAACGUCUGGUCGGCCCCCCGAGGUCGGCCCCCAGACAUCUCCUCUCUGCGAGUUCGGCCCCCAGACGUCUCCUCUCCGAGUCCCUCGUCAGUCUCUUCAACGAUCUCUCCUCACCAGAUGGACGACAAGGCCGGCGUGAGCGGGAUGUCUGUGGAGGCGCGGCCCGAGGCGUCCCUGUACGUGUACGAGUCGACGGUGCACUGCAGCAACGUGCUGCUGGCGCUCAGCUCCCAGCGCGCCCAGGGCCUGCUGUGCGACGUGCGCGUGCGCGCCCAGGGGGAGGAGUUCCGCGCCCACCGCGCCGUGCUCGCCGCCUGCAGCGAGUACUUCCUGCAGACGCUGCUCGCCCACCCCGAGGACGGGCUGGUCCUCAGCCUGCCCGACCAGGUCACGGCGGCGGGCUUCGCGCCGCUGCUGCAGUUCGCCUACACGGCCAAGCUGGUGCUGAGCCGGGACAACAUCCAGGAGGUGGUGCGCUGCGCCGGCUUCUUGCGCAUGCACAACCUGGAGGACUCCUGCUUCCGCUUCCUGGAGGACCAGCUCCGCAGCGAGGCGCCGGCACCGCCGCCGCCGGGCCACCAGGGGGCGGCCACCACGGACACCACGGCGACGGAGACCACGACGACGGAGACCACGGCGACGGAGACCACGACGACGGACGCCACGAUGACGGCAGAGACCACGACGGCGGCAGAGACCACGACGGCGGCGACUGACAUGAACGUCUCGGACCCCGAGGAGGACGGCGACGACGAUGACGCCAGAGAUGGCCGCGUGCGGCCCGCGGCCGCCAAGCCGCCCCGCCCCGUCUCCUCCUCCUCCUCCUCCUCGCCGAGGGCGCGGCGGCGGGCGGACGGCGAGCGCGGUCACCACGGUAACCACGCAGACGCUCGGCCGGACUUUGACAAGCACGGGGCGUCGGACCUGCCACGCUGCCCCAAGUACAGGAAGUACCAGUGGGCGUGCAACAAGCACAGCCACCACCACGACCAGGGCUCCUCCCCCUCACACUCCAGCCACUCAGGCUUCCCCGUGAAGGAGGGCGGGGUCGGAGGGGCGGAGCCUGUGAUGGGAGGGCCGCCCGCCGCCCGCAUCAAGGAGGAGCCCCGGCUGUACGAGGACGAGGACGAAGAGGCGCCGGAGGAGGAGGAGGAGGCGGUCCUGCUGUGCCUGUCCGGCGAGGAGCAGGACGGCGCCAUCACCAUGGAGACGGAGCCCCCCGCCCCCCCCGGCCGAGCCAAGAGGCCCAAGUCGCCCUCCUGCCUCCGGGCCUUCUUCAGGAAGGGGGCGGAGCUCCCCGGGUCCCCGCCCCCCCCGGCCCUGCCCCGGCAGGUGUUCGCCAACAGGGUCCGCGCCCCGGACCGGGCCGCGUCCCAGGGGGACCACCGGAGACCCUUCAGGCCCUUCCCCAGCGCCCCCUCCUCCCCCCCGACCCUCCCCUCCCUAAGGUCCGCCUCCUGCGACGCCGUCUGCAAGCAGGAGGCGGAGUUCGACCGGCGCAGCAGCGUCAUCUUCUCCUCGGGGUCAUGUGACCGCCUCGGCACCCCGGCGCAUUCCUUCCCCGGCGGGACCUCUCUGGAGUUCCCCCCCGGGACCCCCAAGGGGCUGUGGGCGGGGUCCAGCCAGUCGCUGCCCACCACCCAGACCUACCCGGAGCCCGGCGCGGCUGCCCCGCUCCCGGGCCGGCCGCGGCCCCGCCCCAGCUGCCCUGUGCCCAUCAAGGUGUGCCCGCGGUCGCCGCCCUGCGCGGCUCGGACCCGCACCUCCAGCUCCUGCUCGUCCUGCUCCUUCGCCGAGGACGGCAGUGGGGGCUCGCCCUGCAGCCUGCCGCAGUCCGAGUUCUCCUCCUCGCCGUGCUCCAACGCCGCGCGCUGCCUGGGGGGCGACCACGGGCCCGACCUGCCGCCCGACGGCGGGGGGCUGGGCUGUGCGCUGGGGGCCGCCGACUCCAUGUUCCUGGGCCAGGGGCCGCCCACCAUCAAGUGCGAGCGGUCGUACGCGACCAACUCCAGCGACGAGUCGGGGUCGUUCUCGGAGGGCGACAGCGAGUCGGGACACGUGCGGGAGAGCGGCCCAGAGGUGAAGCUCCCGUUCCCCGUUGACCAGAUCACGAACCUCCCGCGGAACGACUUCCAGAUGAUGGUGAAGAUGCACAAGCUGAGCUCGGAGCAGCUGGAGUUCAUCCACGACGUGCGGCGCCGUAGCAAGAACCGCAUCGCGGCGCAGCGCUGCCGCAAGCGCAAGCUGGACUGCAUCCUCAACCUGGAGUGUGAGAUCCGCAAGCUGGUGUGUGAGAAGGAGAAGCUCCUGGGCGAGAGGAACCAGCUGAAGGCGUGCAUGGGGGAGCUGUGGGAGAACUUCUCCUGCCUCUCCCAGGAGGUGUGCAAGGAGGUGCAGCUGAGCCCGGAGCAGGCCCGCUCGCUGCAGCGCUACUGCCCCGCGCUGAAGCGCAACGCCGCACCCGACCCCCAUCUGCCCGCACGCCACCCCAAGCCCCGCCUCGAGGCCCCGCCCCCCGGCCUCAGCCCCGCCCCCCAGACCGCCGUCUCGCCGCUCGCCGGCCUCCUCCCCUCGCCGCCGGGCGGGGGCGGGCGAGAGCCGAUGGUUUGUCUGAUUUAUACUAUUCUACAGGUCAUGCCUUUCUCUGGUUAG